GCGCCCGUGUGCCGGGUGCGCGGCGGGGUCGCCCGCGAGCUCGCUAGAGGGCUCCCUGGAAUAUCCAGAAGUUGAUUCCAUCAUGGCUGAACUCAAGGUGGAGACGUGGACCAGCAUGGACUGGCAGAAACGCUGCCUGGCCCUAGAAACCCAGCUUUUCCGGUUCCGCCUACAGGCCAGCAAGAUAAGGGAGCUGCUUGCUGACAAGAUGCAGGAGCUGGAGCAGAGGCUGCAGGAGGCAGAGCAGAGAGCAGAGAAUGCAGAGACCCAGGUGGGUGUGAUGGAAGAAAAGGUGAAACUGUUCAACCUGAAGGAGGUGGGUUCAGCAGGCAGCCUGCACCGGAAGUACCAAGAAUUGCUGAAAGCCAUGCAGGGCAAAGAUGAGCUCAUCAGCCAGCUGGAGGCACAGCUGGAGAAGCAGAAGCAGAUGAGAGCUGAGGAAGCAAAAAUUGUUCAAGAAAAAGCUGCAAAGAUCAAGGAAUGGGUAACACUCAAGUUAGCAGAGCUUGAGAUGGAGAACCAGCAACUGAGAAGCUGUAACCAGCGCCUGGCAGAGCAGGUGAGAGCCCUUCAAGAUGCUCUAGAAGCUCUUCAGAUGGCGCCUUCAGAGAAGCUGCUGGUGGCCCGUCAGGGGACCCCGGAGCAGGAUUCUGUGCCUUCAGGGCCAGGAGCCCAGCUGAUGGGGCAGGACAGCAGUCCUCAGGCCCAGGAUGCUCCGAAGGCGGCUCUGCCUGCACCUUCUCCAGGUUCUCUGCAGAGCAAGGACUCUAAGCCUGUCCCCAAAGUGGGAAGCCCCGGAGAGGAGCCCAGUUCCGUCAUGGUCCGUCCAGGGCGGGUAUCAGAGGCCAAGACCCUUCCGCCUCGUCUGGGAAGAGAGGGCUCUCCUGGCCAGCUGUCCCUGAAGACUCGCACCCCCAGACAUGGUUUGGCUUCCUGGGACGAGAGCCUGGUCACUGCUCAGGGAGGGUCGCACCCUGAGACAAAGGGCCCUGCCAGGGAAGGCGGCCCCGGCUGUAGCCUGACGCUGCCGAAGGUGCGGGCUCCUGGCACCCCCCAUGACAGCGUCCAGCUGGCCAAGCGGCACCACAGCCAGCCCCAGGUGGGCCCUGGGCACUUCCACCACGUGGUGAGCAUUGAGAUUGGGGCCGCCCCAGCCCCGCGCCCCUCUGGCCUCCCCGAGGUGGCCACCCUCGUUGAGCUCCGGGAGGAACCAGAGAAGAUGGAGAUGGACGAGCAACCCCCAGCCGGGGGGAAGGAGCAAAGAGAGAGCCCGAAGGCCCCAGGAGCUAAGCUGGAGGAAGUGGAUUUGGGGAGCAAACCACCCACACCCCCCUUGCACCGGUUUCCAUCCUGGGAAAGCCGCAUCUACGCUGUGGCCACGUCAGGCAUGCGCCUCUCCGAUGUGUCUCCCAGAAGCAAUGCCACCUGCUACGGUUCAAGGCCUCCCAUCCUUUCGUCCCCUGGGCCUUUCUCUGGCCUCGUCUACAAGAACUGCUCAGCGCCUGUCUACACCGCCCUGAAGGGGAGAGCCACGCAGAUCAGCAGCGUGCCCUUUGUGGACGAGUCCUCCGGGUCUGACGAUGACUGCAGCUCGCAGGCGAGUUUCCGAACUUCGGUCCCCUGCUCGGAGCCCAGGAAGACCAGUGGACUGGGCAGCCCCCGCGCUAUCAAGAGAGGUGUCUCCAUGUCCUCUCUGAGCUCCGAGGGCGACUACGCUAUCCCCCCAGAUGCCUGCUCCCUGGACAGCGACUACUCAGAGCCUGAGCACAAACUGCAGCGCACCUCGUCCUACUCCACCGAUGGGCCCACCCUGGGCGGGGAGGCACUGGAGAAGUCGGGCUACCUGCUGAAAAUGGGGAGCCGGGUGAAGACGUGGAAGAGGCGCUGGUUUGUCCUGAGACAGGGACAGAUUUUGUACUACAAGUCCCCGAGUGAUGUCAUCCGGAAACCUCAAGGUCAAGUGGAACUGAACUCCCAUUGCCAAAUUGUUCGAGGGGAGGGUGCACAGACAUUCCAGCUCAUCUCUGAGAAGAAAACCUAUUACCUGACGGCCGACUCGCCCAACCUGCUGGAGGAGUGGAUCCGAGCCCUGCAGAGCCUGCUGAAGGUCCAGGCCAUUGGGCCCCCAGCCCUGUCGCAGGGGGGCGCCAAGCCCACCGUGAAGGGCUGGCUGACCAAGGUGAAGCAUGGCCACUCCAAGCUGGUGUGGUGUGCUCUUGUUGGGAGAACCUUCUACUACUAUCGGAGCCAUGAGGACAAGCGACCCCUGGGCCACCUGCCUGUGCAGGAUGCGCACAUAGAGGAAGUCGAUCGGUCCUGUGACUCAGACGAGGACUACGAGGCCGGAGGAACCCGGCGGUUGCUUUCCUCCCACUGCACCCUGGUGAUCCACCCGCCGGAGCACAGCCCCACCUACCUCCUCAUUGGCACCAAGCAUGAAAAGGAUACGUGGCUUUAUCAUCUCACAGUGGCCGCAGGGGGCAGCAGUGCCAAGGUGGGGACUGCCUAUGAGCAGCUCAUCGGCAAACUGAUGGAUGGCGAGGGAGACCCAGAUUCCCCCGUCUGGAGACACCCCAUGCUGUGCUACAGCAAAGACGGGCUGUACACUUCCCUCACCACCCUGCCCUCCGAGGCCCUGCAGACGGAGGCCCUCAAACUCUUCAAGUCCUGCCAGCUCUUCAUCACUGUGCCUGUGGAAGCCGCCUCGGUGGACUACCAUGUGUCCCUGGCCCAGAGGGCCCUGCAGGUCUGCCUGGUUCACCCUGAGCUGCAGAGUGAGAUCUACUGCCAGCUCAUGAAGCAGGCCAGCUGCCGCCCACCUCAGAAGCACUCGCUCACGCAGUGCUGGCAGCUCCUGGCUCUUUGCGCCCCGCUUUUCCUGCCUCAGCACCACUUCCUCUGGUACAUCAAACAGCAGCUCCAGCGCCACGCAGACCCCAGCAAUGAAACUGGCCAGUAUGCCACCUACUGCCAACGGGCAGUGGCGCGGACCCUGCAGACGGGGGAGCGGGAGGCCAGGCCAUCACGCAUGGAAGUGGUGUCCAUCCUGCUGCGGAACCCCUUCCACCACUCCCUGCCCUUCAGCAUCCCCGUGCACUUCGCCAAUGGGACCUACCAGGUGGUUGGUUUCGACGGCUCCUCCACCGUUGAUGAGUUCCUCCAGCGGCUGAACCAGGAGACAGGCAUGAGGAAGUCAUCCCGCUCUGGCUUUGCCCUCUUCACAGACGAUCCUUCUGGCAGGGACCUGGAACACUGCCUGCAGGGGAGUGUCAAGAUCUGCGAUGCCAUCUCCAAGUGGGAACAGGCCCUGAAGGAGCUGCACUCCGGGAAGUCUGAGGGUGGCACUCGAGUCGUGAAGCUGAUGUACAAGAACAGGCUGUACUUUCGGAGCCAAGUCAAAGGGGAGACGGACCGAGAACGUCUGCUGCUUGCCUUCCAAACCAGUGGCGAGAUCGUGGCAGGCAGGUUUCCUGUCAACAAGGAACUGGCUCUGGAGAUGGCCGCCCUAAUGGCCCAGGUAGAGUUCGGGGACUUUGAGAGGCCCCUCCCACCAGGCCCGGGGGGCACACCCCCUUCCAAGGCUCAGCAUCACCUACAGCAGGUCCUAGACAGGUUCUACCCAAGGCGCUACAGACACGGAGCAGCCCCUGAGCAGCUGAGGCACCUAGUAGAUCAGCUGACCACAAAGUGGGCCGCACUGCAAGGCUGCUCCCCUCCUGAGUGCAUUCGCAUCUACCUGACGGUGGCCCGGAAAUGGCCCUUCUUUGGUGCUAAGCUCUUUGCUGCUCAGCCUUCCAAGGAGAACACGCUGGUGUGGAUUGCUGUGAACGAGGAUGGCGUCAGCAUCCUGGACCACAACACUAUGCAAGUGCACGUCACUUACCCCUACUCUUCAGUGAUGACCUUUGGUGGCUGCCGUGAUGACUUCAUGCUUGUGAUUAGAUCCAUUCCAGACCAGAGCUCUGGAAAAGGCCACAUUGAGAAGUUGAUCUUCCGGAUGGCCACUUCCAAGAUUGCAGAGGCUACUUUCAUCACGGCCAGCUACAUGAACCAUUGCUCCGCAACUGUGAACCCACCCACCAACCCACCUGCUACCCACCAGCCGUGGCAACUGGAUGGACAACAGUUCUUUGCGUCUGUUCCACGUGCUGCCAGGGGGCCAACGUUGCUGUGA